UGGAGAAAUAAAUAAAUCCAACUCAUUUCUCAUCUGCAUCUAUCACUCACCAUGUCUGCCCCGUCUCUCGCACCCCCCAUUGCAGAGCCGGCCCCAGUCGCCACCCCCGACCACCCUGUCCACUCCUCGCACCACAUACACGCCUAUCGGAACCCCUCAAGAAAAAGCUCCGCGGCGAGCCACCUCAACGACUCUGAUGACGCCACCCGCGUGGCCCCCAGAUACGACGAAAAGACCGGCAACAAGAGCGGGGGCGGGAGCGGUGAACACUCUGAUCGACUGUCUCGAACGUCUUCGAGUCCACCAGGAAUCGGUCUGUAUGGAGGUGUCUCUCCAGGAGAUCGCGAUGCAGAGAUGGGCCUCAGGGCUAUGAGAAGUAGGGAAGAGGAAGAGGCUCGGGAAAUCGAAGCAGAAAAGGCAGGACCCGAUCCUUACCAAGUGCAAUUCGAACCGGGAGAAAACAUCAACCCAAAGAACUGGUCGGUCCUUUAUCGAUGGUUCCUCACUGGUAUCGGCAGUCUCCUAGUACUCAACUCGACCUUUGCCUCCUCGGCACCGUCGGGCAUUGUCACCGACCUCAUGGAGUAUUUUACCUUUUCUCAAGAAGUCGCGAUCCUCACCAUAUCACUCUUUGUUGCUGGAUACUGUGUCGGCCCUUUGCUUUGGGGUCCCCUCUCAGAAAGCUAUGGCAGAAGGCCCAUCUUCAUCAUUGCAUUCUUCUGCUACACGUGUUUCCAGCUUGGCUGUGCGCUGUCCAAAAACACGGCGUCCAUCUUGAUUUUCAGGUUCCUCGGUGGAACCUUUGCAUCGGCACCCCUCACAAACUCUGGAGCACUGUUGGCGGAUAUCUGGGAUGGCAAACAUCGAGGAACUGCUAUGAGUUGGUUCGCUCUUGCUCCAUUCGCUGGUCCAUCCAUUGGGCCCAUCGUCGGUGGUUACAUAUUUGUAGCCGGAGCAAGUUGGCGUUGGGUCUUUUGGACCUUGACAAUCUUCGCUGGCGUUUGCCUUUUCCUCGUGAUCGCCUUCAUCCCAGAAACGUAUGCCCCCAAGAUUCUUGCCAACAAGGCCAAACGACUUCGCAAGGAGACGGGAGACGAUCGAUAUUGGGCACCAUUGGAGAAGAACGACACGUCUUUCAAAGGUCGCGUCAACGAUAUCCUGUUGAAGCCGUUCAUCAUCCUCGCCAAAGAGCCCAUGCUUCAAGCUGUCACUCUGUAUAUGAGUUUUGUGUAUGGGGUUGUCUAUCUGUUGUUCGAAGCCUUCCCCUUUGUCUUUGUGCAGAUUCACGGUUUCAACAUGGGCGAGAAUGGACUUACAUUCCUUGGCUUCUUCCUCGGAGGUGUGAUAGCUGUCAUUCUGUGCGUCAUCCAUUCCUCACAUCUCGCUUUUGUUCUUACUGUCCUUGAGAUUUAUCACUGUAUUUGAACCUCGCUAUCAAAAGGCGGCCCGCAAGCGCGCGCCUGCUCCUCCUACACCCGAGACUCGACUCGAAUUUUGUGUCAUUGCUGGCGUGUGCCUCUUUGUCGCCAUGUUCUGGUUCGGCUGGACGGCCUAUCCCAGCAUCCACUGGAUCUCGCCCGUCCUUGCAGCUGGGCUGUUGGGUAUCGGAACCCUCGGUCUAUUCGUCUCGUUAUUCAACUACAUGGUUGACGUCUAUCUCUGGUCGGCCGCUUCUGCUCUCGCAGCCAACACUGUCUGCCGAUCAGUCUUUGGUGCCGUCUUUCCGCUCUUUGCCACACAAAUGUACAAGAAGCUCAACGUCCACUGGGCUUCUUCCCUCCUUGGCUUUGUGGCUCUUGUCUGCGCUCCGAUUCCCAUAGUUCUCAUCAAGUUCGGACCCAAGCUGAGAGCGAGGAGCAAGUUUUCGGCCAACAGGGUUGCUGCUUAGGCUACAGCGGUGGGGAGGUUGAAGCUCUGUAGUUUAUAUACACGUCUGUCCUAAUGGCAAACAUCAUACUCUUUAUAAAUUCGACAAACCUCUCAUAUGUCUCAUGUCUCGUUGUUUCUAGUGUCGAACGAUUGUAUUGUAUAUAUGUGAUCCCAAUGAAUAGAGGGAUUGUCAUGGUAUGGACUCGUGACAGAUGUACGGUAGACUCUUCGAAAUAUAUGGAUUGAGUGAAUUGCA